GUGGCGCUGCUAUGGUCUAUUUUUACCAAGGGAACCGCCAACCUCUUUCGCGGUGCACUCUGGGCGUUGUAGUCCGCCAGCCGGCAAACCUUCGCUGGGUUCCUCGGGGCUCUGACAGCGCGAGUACUACAAAGCCCUGAAUGCACCGCGGCGCAAUAGGAAUCGCUAUAAGUAAUGCUGCCUGCAACUCUGGCUCAGUGGCGCAGAGAAGCCUGGAGAAACAGGAUCAGGUGAGAGAGCCGGCGGGGAGGGGUAGAAAUCUUCCUUUCCUUCAUAUUCCCUUAUAAUGUUAUAUUAUAAAAUCAACAGGGAGCCUAAAAAAAAUACAAGUUCUUUAAGGCGCACAAGACUCCUUUGUUGAUUUACCUGCAAUAGACUUAGCACUGGAAACUGCAUUUAUUACCCACCCGAGGGCUGCGUGUGUAUUACCCAGCCUAGACGCGGGGGAAAAAGGCAAAAGGGUUCCUUAAACAGGAAUGGGCGGGGUGGACUCCCGGUUUCCCUGCAAACGUGAGUGUGGUUAGGACAUUGUUGACAAUGCAAGUCACUAGUCCUCAAGGGGUUUUGCUAUCUUACCUUCCAACACAUACCUGAAAUAGCGUAGUAGCAAAUUCACAAGUCUUUUCGUGAUCGUUAAAACCAUGGCCCCUUCUAAGACAAUGCAAUAAUAAUAAUAAUAAUAAUUAAUAAUAAUAGAUGCAUUUCAAUGAUCAAUGCAAAUCUCCAGGUUUUGCCUUUCAUAGGAAUUUACAGUUUUUCUGUGCACAUACUUGGGAAAUGAUUUGGAGUGCUCCAGUAUAUUCCUUCAGCGUGAUUUAAGUUGUGCUUUUCUUGAAGUUCCAUUGUACGUAACAGAACGUGUACGCCCUUCUCUUGAAACAGAAGGAUCUCAUGUUCUCCGUGUUCCUAAAUGCUUAACUUUCACCCCCAAGCACCCUCUCCUGCUUCGUGGAGCCCUUUUGGCUCCCUGGUAUGGUCCAGAGCUUAGGGCGAGGAAACAAGAUGAAAGGUGACUCAAGCAUAAUGUGGAGGAAAACUCCGGCAAUCAAACACUCAUUCCGGUGGAAUGCAAUCAAACACUCAUUGCUGAGCCUACCUAGUGGCAGUGAAGGUGGCAAAAAAGUCAUACUUUGCUGCCUCCGUUGCAUCCUCAUUGUGCCAUUCAACAGAGCUUUUUCCAGGUGUGGGGGCUUUUACAACCUGGCCUGAAGGAAGUGGCAAAACUGAUCACAGCUCGCUGUGGCUUCUUUGCAAAGAAUUUUGACGAUAAAAUUGCUUGCAUCCACUGGGAUUUUGACUCUGCUGUUACAGCAGAUGAAUCUCGAGGGGUGUCCAGAGCACUGUCUUGUCCUGUUGUGUUAGAUGAGUUUCAGUUAGUAAAACUCAAGGAUGUCGGCGAUGUGCUUGGAUCGGUCAGCUGAGGUGAUUAAUGCCUCCUUAUGAGAUGGGUGGUCCCUGCCUGCUUAAGUACAUGGCGAUGAAGCCACUCCUUUCAGGAAACCCUCUCUGGAUAAAGAAAAUCUAAGUAACUACAAGCAAGUUGCAAAUCUCCCCUUAUUGAGCAAGGUUUUGAGUGGGUUGUCGUGGACCAGAUCCAGGGGCUCUUCAAGGAAACAAAUUUUCUAGAUCCAUUUCAGUCGGGGUUCAGGCCAGGGCUUUAGAGGUGUCACGGUCCAGUUCAUGGGCGAUCAAAGUCCUAGCAAGGGAACGUCAGGACCGGGGGCAAGAUGGUGGGGUGGGAGCAGGAAUGGGGGUCCAGAAGCCAGGAGUCAGGAAGCCAAGGGUCCGAGGGUCAGGAAGCAAGGAGUCACAAAGUCAGGGGUCCGAGGAUCAAGAAGCAAGGAGUCCAGAAGUCAAGGGUCCGAGGGUCAAGAAGCAGGGAGUCAAGAAAGCCAGUAUGGUGUAGUGGUUAAGAGUGGUAGACUCGUAAUCUGGUGAACCGGGUUCGUGUCUCCACUCCUCCACAUGCAGCUGCUGGGUGACCAUGGGCUAGUCACACUUCUUUCAAGUCUCUCAGCCCCACUCACCUCACAGUGUUUGUUGUUGGGGAGGAAGGGAAAGGAGAUUGUGAGCCGCUUUGAGACUCCUUCGGAUAGUGAUAAAGCGGGAUAUCAAAUCCAAACUCUUCUUCAAGAAGCCAAGGUUCAAGGAUCAGGAAGCAAGAAGCCAAACGCAGCGAGGCAGGAAGCGUGUUGCUGUGGCAAAGAGCCGAAGGGAAAUGCUGACCUUAUAUCCCUUCCCGGCUCUUGCCACCAGAUGCUGUGAGUUACCAAUCGGACUCACCUGUGGGGCCGCGCCUUGCCUCUCCAGAACAAACUUAGGAAGGCCCCAGUCCUGCAAAGUCCUAUUGGUCACAGGGCCUGGCUCCUGCACGCACUCCUGACAAGAGGAGGGUGGCACCACUUUGUGGUGGUUCCUGUCCUACUUGGAUGGUCGUUUCCAGAGGGUGAUUUUGGGGGGUGCUCUUCAGUCCUGUGGAGCCAUCAACGUGCGGUUCCUUAGGGUUCAGUUUUAUCCCCUUAUGCUGUUUAACAUCUACAUGAAAACGCUGAGCGGAGUUAUCCAGAGUUUUGGACUAUGUUGUUGGCAAUAUGCUAAUGGCUCUGCUUCUCGUAUGCAUCUGCGGUUGUUGCAGUGGGUGUACUAGACCGUUGUCAUACCUUGGUAAUGGGAUGGAUGAGAUUCUCUCUGAAGAAGCGAGCGCGUAGCUUGGGCGUACUUCUGGAUCCUUUGCUGUCACUUGAGGCUCAGGUGGUCUCAGGGGCACACAGUGGCUAUCCUCAGCUUUGGCUGGUGGCCCAUCUGUGCCCCUAUCUGGACAGGGGUAGCCUAACGUCUGCCAUCUGUGAUCUGGAUAUCCUCUAGGUUAGAUUACUGUGAUGUAUUACAUAUAGGGGUGCCUCUGAAGAGAGUUCAGCUGGUGCAGAAUUCGGCAGCCAGGUUGCUAAUUGAAGCAAGACAGUUUGAGCAUAUUACUUUCAUUCUGGCCCAACUGCCUUGGCUGCUAAUUAGUUUCUGGGCUGAAUUCAAAGCGCUUGUUUUGAUCAAUAAAGCCUUAAGCUGUUCAGAAUCACUAUACCUCGAGGACUGCCUUUCCCCAUGCAAACCAACCUGGACUCUGCGGUAAUCAUGAGAGACCCUUCAUCGAGUGCCUCCUCCAUGAGAGGUACGGAGGGUGGCAACAUGAGAACAGGGCCUUUUCUGCAGUGGCUCCCCUUUUGUGGACUGCUCUCCCCAGGGAGUCUUGCCUGGCUCCUUCAUUACAUAUCUUUAGGUGCCAGACGAAAACAUUCCUCUGUAACUAGGCCUUUGGCUGAUUAAUAUUCUAUGCCCUUUUAAAUAUGUUUGGGGGGGGGUUAUUGGUUUGUUUUGGUUUUAUUACAUGUAUUUUGUGUUCUCAUUUUGUAUUUUUAUGUUGUGAACCGACCUGUGCUCUUCGUAUGAAGGGUAGUAUACAAAUUUAAUAAAUAAUAGCAUCAAUAACUUAGGAGCAUGCAGGGGCUAAAAAGUUCCCUGAUCAAGCUGGUUGGAUGGAUGCUGGAAAUUGAGAUUCUGAUGCAGAAAUAGUAUUGGGUCUUUGACGCACCCCCGUGACCUGAACCACCACAGUGCUGUGUAUCUGUAAAAUUAAAAUUCAUUGUUCCGUCCAUGUUUUGGCUCAACCCAGUACUUCGCAGCCUUCCCAGAAGGUUUCCCAUCAGGGAGGGUAGCCUGAGACCAAAAGUGACUCCCUACCCCUGUAUUAGAGCAAAUGAAUGGAAUGGGGGAAGAAGACUCUCUUAGGAGGGAGCAGAAUGGAGCCAGGACCUCCUGGGUCGGGUUCUUGCUUAGAACUCCCCAAAAAAGUUCACCCCACGUUGUGCAAUUGCCUUGGGUGUAGGCUGCCUUCUGUUGCUCUAGAGAUUUAUGCCAGCUUCCUUGUGUGUAGACAUAUCACAAUGUGUGUGGGUGCCUUGCCUUGUGUAAUUCCAUGGCCGUGCGCUUCUCUUUUCCAGAUAGAAGAAUGAGCCAGAAUGGAGUGGAGGCGGCGGCGGCGGCCACAGACAAGGACCAGUUUGUGGGGUUCUUCCCCCAAGUUGUGAAGGAUCUGACGGAAGAUGACCUCCACAACGCGGAGGUGUCUGAUGCUGUCGCCAGGCUGAAGCAGGUGACGGCGUGAGCUUGAUUGGAAAGGCUUUUAAUGGAAACUUGAAGCUGGUGGUUGCCAACAUGGUGCUCGUGGGCACAGCGGCCUUCUUCAGGUCUUCCUCUGCUUGUCCACAAAGCCUCUGAGCCCCCAACUCUCUGCCCCCUUGGUCAUGAGAUAUAGAGGGUCAUCACCUUUCUUCCUUGAGAAAAACAGAUGAAGAAGGAAGUUGGGAGAGUGAUGUUCUUUCCCACUUGCUCUUUGGGCUCUAUGGGCUUUUUGUUCAACUUCAUCCAACUUCGUCAUCCAUUAGAAAAAGUAGUGUGUGUGUGUGUGUGUGUGUGUGUGUGUGUGUGUUGUGUAUGUUCUUUCUGGGAGAGGGACCAGAAGGGGGUUAUCUAGGGCAGACACCCAAAAACCCAAAUAUAUCUUUAUGUGAUCCCUGACUGGUUGGGACAUGAUGAUCUAAGACAGGCAUUCAGGCCUAUAAAGGUUAGUGACCCUUGCCUUAAGCUGUGGUUCUGUAUAUUUGGGGCAGUUUCAUCUCCCUAAGGCAUGCGCCUUAACUAAAGGGAAAAUCGUGCUGUUCUUCUGUCUCAUUUAUUACAUUCAUUUUCUUCCCUGUUCCAUUUGUUUACAUUUGGCUCCCAGGCACAUCCAGGCUUCAGCAAGGUGGUGACUUCAUGGCGCUUGGGGCCUAUUCUGUCUUUCUGCCUCAGAGUGGUUUCACUUUUCCCAGGGAACUCUGGGAGUUGUAACUCUGUUAGGGGAUUAAGGGUCUGCUCUCGGCACCCUUAACAGACUACAUCUCCCAGAGUUCUUUGGGGGAAGCCGUGGCUGUUUAAAGUGGUAUCAUUGUGCUUUAAAUGUGUGGGGGAAAGCAAGUAAGGGAGGAUGUGCCGGCUGCGGAUAAAAUGGUGCAAAGUGUGAAAAAAGUGGACAUAGAAAAUAUUUUCUCAUCAUAGAAGUCAGGAGCCAUUCAGUGAAGCCAAAUGUUGGAAGAUUCAGGACAGACAAAAAGGAGGACUUCUUCACAAGGCUUUUGAUUAAGCUAUGGAAUCCGCUUCUAUGAUACGUUAGCGAUGGCUGUUAAAUGGGAUUAGGCAAAUAAGCCUGUCAGUGAUUGUGAGCCAUUACGUCUAUAUAUUAUUUCCAGCAUUGGAAGUGGUGUGCCUCUGAAUGUCUGUUGAAAUCAUAAGUAGGGAGUUGUUGCUGUUAGCAAUUGUGUGUGCAAUGUAUGUGUGCAAUGGAUAUUGUUUCACAACUGUCAGGGAACUGACAUCGGAGCUAGAGGUGGAGGGAAGGCUCUCUAAUGAUGCUGGAGAAGGGCCCAGCAGGGAGAGAGGCAGCUCAGCAGAUGGGGAAGCAAUUCAGUGCAACACCAGGAAUAAGGAGGGGCAGAUGGGGAAAUCGGCGAGAGGGCUCCCAGACUCUUCACCGGACACCAGCGGGGAGAGCACUGGUCCUCCGCUACCCACGCCCUCCCUGCGCAGGAGACUUCCGCUCAGAGAAAGUAGGAGGAGACUGGGUGUCAAACAACUUUUAUGUUGGAAAAGGUUUAAGAAACGCCCACUGAUGGAUUCUGCUAGCGACUGAGGCAGCCACGAAUUGAAGGGCUGUCCAGACAGAAAGGUUUAACAAGGCAACAUAGCCAGGAGAGGCGGCAACUUACGCACGAGCAACCCCAUACCAUUAUAACAACCUAAUAGCAAAUCCUCGUACAGCAGUAUUUCCCAAACGUGGGUCUCCAGCUGCUUUCGGACUACAGUUCCUAUCAUCCCUGACCACUGGUCUUGCUAGCUAGGGAUGAUGGGCAGUCCAAAAACAGCUGCAGACCCAAGUUUGGCAAACACUGCUUUACAGGGUGGGAGGACUACAACUUCUGGUCAUUGGCCGUUCUGGCUGGGACUGAUGGGAGCUCGAGUCAACAUCUGGAGGGCCACAGGUAUUCCCCAUCCCUGCUUUUAGGUAAAGGUAAAGGGACCCCUGACAGUUAGGUCCAGUCGUGCACAACUCUGGGGUUGCAGCACUCAUCUCGCUUUAUUGGCCGAGGGAGCCAGCGUACAGCUUCCAGGUCAUGUGGCCAGCAUGACUAAGCCGCUUCUGGAGAACCAGAGCAGCGCACGGAAACGCCGUUUACCUUCCUGCUGGAGUGGUACCUAUUUAUCUACUUUCACUUUGACGUACUUUCGAACUGCUAGGUUGGCAGGAGCAGGGACCGAGCAACAGGAGCUUACCCCGUCGCGGGGAUUCGAACCGCAGACCACCUGAUCGGCAAGUCCUAGGCUCUGUGCUUUAACCCACAGCGCCACCCGCUUUACACCUCACUUAAUAUGUGAUCCCUGACUGGUUGGGACAUGACUGGUCUAAGAUGGAGGCAAGAACCGGUGUCCCUCCAGAUGUUACUGAACUACCACGUCUGCCAUCUCUGACCAUUGGCCAUGCCUGCUAAUGGGGCUGAUGGGAGUUGCAGGGCCACAGGUUCCUCCAUCUCUGUUCCGGAGCCUCCUUUCAGUAGCAAAAAGCUUCCUCUAUCCUGGAGUCUGUAACUAUGGGGGUGAGUGUCCCCGCAACUGUCAUCCCUCCCUGUUCCCUUGCAGGUCGUGGAAUACAAUGCCGUCGGGGGAAAAUAUAACCGGGGCCUGACGGUGGUGGCUGCUUUCCGGGAGCUGGCUGCACCAGAACAACAGGAUCCGAAAAGUUUCCAACGUGCUCUAGCUGUCGGAUGGUGCAUUGAACUGGUGGGUGUUUUGUACACAUUAUCCCUGUUAUCUGGUGAUGUGGAAAUAAAAGGGUGUUUCCCCAGGCUUGCCAUAUCUGGCCGGGUUUAUGUCUAAUCUCAUUUUGUGUGGAUGUGACACCUAUGCUUGAGAAAUACAAUUUGUGCUUGUUCUGAGAUGAGUAGACCUACUAGUCACAGUGGCAGUACUCUACUUCCUGAUCUUGGAGGAAGCAUGCUUUUGAAAUGGCUGGGAAUUGCAGGUUGGGAUAAUUCCCCUUGCACUCUGGUUCUGCCUUUGGGCUUCCCAUAGGCAUGUGAUUGGCUGCGGUGAGAACAGGCGGCUGGACUACAUUGCCGGCUGUAGCAGGGCUCUUGUUACCUUCUUUUGUGUCAAAUUUUCAUUAGACUUUAAAAUCUUUACAUAGAAAUUCCAGAUUUCAAAUUUGUUACACAUUUCUCUCUAAACAUUGAGUUCCUGCCUUUCCCUCCAUGCUAUUCUUAGUCCUGUCCCAUUUCCAGACUGCAUUCUAAUAAACAUUUUGCCUAAGGCAUAGCCUUCUAUAUCAUAGACUAUCAUUUUUCUACCGCUGCUCAUAUUUCAAAUCCUGCUCGCGAUUCCAUCUGAUUAUGGUAUAUUUUCAGAUAUUCCAAAAAGGGCUUCCAUUCUGUCAUGAAGGCUUCUUAUUUUUGCUGUUAGUGCCGCCAGUUCUGCAUAGUCCAGUAGCUUUAAAAUCCAUUCUUUCCUUGGUGUUUUCUCUUCUUUUCAGUUCUGUGCAUACAAGAUUCAAGCUGCUGUUGUUGCAUACAUAAAUAAGUUAAUCCUCUUUUUGGGGGUCUCUGACCCUAUUAUCCCUAAAAGAAAGGCCUCAGGUUUUGGGGAAUUACCAGUUUAGACUUUUUUAAAAAAAAAUUCAUUUCAUUGUGUAUCAUUUCCCCCAAACCUUUGGCUUUUUACACAUCCACUACAUUUGAAAAAAACAUUCCCUCAUUGUUAUCUGGCCUUUAUCUUCCCAUAUAUAGGAAGGCCUGCCAUUUCUCAAACUGCAAGACCGUGGCAACCACCUUACCACAAUCUUGCAGCUUGAGAAAUGGCGGACUGACCGGCCCAAGUGAGCUGUUUAAAAAGCAUGAGGGGAGGCUCUGAGGUGCCUCCCUCCUCUUUUAAACCUGCCUUUCACACAGCAAUUUAGCAGUCUGUGUGAAGUGUCUUCCUUUGUUGAACAUGCCUUUAAAGGGGGUGGGGCUCCAGGUGAGCUAUGGGGGAGGAAUGGGGCGAUAGGUGAGGAAUAAAGGGAGGGGGUUGGGCAGGUAUGGAAGAUGGGCAAAGGGGUAUCUAGUGCUGGCUAGGGGAGCGAGCCGGUGUGACAAACCCUAGUAUUACAGUAUGCAAUAAUAAUAUGGGGGUGGUAUCCGGUUUGAUUUCAGCUGCAGGCCUUUUUCCUGGUGGCAGACGACAUCAUGGACUAUUCGGAGACCCGCCGGGGCCAUCCCUGUUGGUACAAAAAGGUAGGGACGAUGGUUUCUAGGGAUUGCCUGACCUCUGUGGCACAUGGGGCGGCCAUUACAAUGAAGGGAACAGCGACCUGUGGCCCUCUGGAUGCUGUCAAGACUCCAACUCCCAUCAGCCCCAGCGAGUGUGGUCAUCAAGGAUGAUGGGAUUUGCUGUUCAUCAACAUCUGGAGGGUUGUAGGCUCCCUAUCCUAGGGAGGAUGUCCAGUUUCCAGGAUCCAGCCUGAAAACUCUCAUUGGCCAGGCAACUUAUGAGUUGGGUGGUUUAUCUGGGUCCUGGUCUUCUGGUUCUGUUGAGUCUGUGUACAAGAUGGUAGGUUCCUUGCCAACCUGGUCCACCAGAUGUUAUUGGAUCCCAGCUCCUAUUAGCUCCAGCCAGUGUGUGCCCACGAGCACCAUGUUGGCAAGGGAUGACAGUUGUAAUCCAACAAUGUCUGGAGGGCACUAGGUUGUGCGAGAGCAGCUCUGGGUGACAAUGAUUGAAUGUCCUGAGCGUUGGGGAAUGGGGUCCACAUUGCCUGCUUUCAUUUAUAGGUGCAGGGGCUUAAGCCCCUGGACGCGACACCUUCUCAUCUAGGAGUCUUCUGGUUGCAGCCAAUGUUGGUCCUACUCUCAGAGUAAGGUAAAGGUAAAGGGACCCCUGACCAGUGGCGUAGCGUGGGGGGUGCAGGGGGGGCCGGCCGCACCCAGCGCAACAUCUGGGGGUUAGGGUUAGGGGGCGCAAAUCCACAGGUUAGGGGGCGCAAAUUACUUGCCUUGCCCCGGGUGCUGACAACCCACGCUACGCCACUGCCCCUGACCAUUAGGUCCAGUCAUAACCGACUCUGGGGUUGCGGCGCUCAUCUCGCUUUAUUGGCCAAGGGAGCCGGCGUACAGCUUCCGGGUCAUGUGGCCAGCAUGACUAAGCCGCUUCUGGCGAACCAGAGCAGCGCAUGGAAACGGCGUUUACCUUCCCGCCGGAGCGGUAACUAUUUAUCUACUUGCACUUUGACGUGCUUUCGAACUGCUAGGUUGGCAGGAGCAGGGACCGAGCAAUGGGAGCUCACCCCGUCACGGGGAUUCGAACCGCCGACCUUCUGAUCGGCAAGUCCUAGGCUCUGUGGUUUAACCCACAGCGCCACCUGCGUCCCUCUCAGAACACACCCAUUUAAAUUAAUAAGCAUGACUCUUCACUUCUUCAGUGUGUCUGCUCCACGUAGAACUUAGUUGGAUCCCAACCCUUUCCCUUCAUCUCAUAUUUGCCAGGAUUUUGAAGAUAGAAAACGAGUAACACUUUUGUUUAUUGCAUCAAGCCCCACGUCUUCGCUGUUGCCUAUUGUUGUCUGUCUGCUGUGCUCAUUCACUCUGUGCUGUUGAUUAUGAUCAGCAUUUUAAAUGCAAAUAUCAAUGAUGCAAGGAAAUAACAGAGACACAACACAAAAGGGAAACGGGACUAUGAGGGAAGGUGAGAAAAGCAAGCUUAAUUACUUGGCUACAGAGGAAUGUAGGACUCAGUGCUAGUCCUACUCUGAAUAGACCCAUUGAAAUGAAUGGUCAUGGCCAGCUUACGUCCAUUCAUUUCAAUGGGACUAUACUGAAUAAAAGUUAGCUGGGUGCAGCCCAGAGAUCUUGUAGUGAAUGGGGAGGAGGGAAUCUAGAGGAGUUAAAAGUUGCUAGCCUUUCGGCAAAACUGAUGGAGAGGCCUUACGGCUCCCUCUCUUAUAACCUGAUAGAAUAUCCUCCACUCAUUAUUUUUUUAGAUGCCAUUUUGGUGGAGAGAUAACUAGCUACCACCAGCCGUUCAAAAACAUAUAUUAUUAGAUCCAGUACAGUAUGUGUGAAUCGCCAGGCUGACCAUCGCGUGCCACUUUAGUGCACAUAAAUGCGCAAUCAGGUGGGUGUGUACUGGCGUGUUGUUAAACUGUGGAACUCCCUGCCACAGGAAGGCCACCAACUUGGACACCUGUAAAAGAGGAUUGGGCAAAUUCACAGCGGAUAAUGGCUGCCAGCGGUGAUGGCUGCGCUCUGCCUCAGAUGCAGUAAUGCUUCUGAAUAUCAGCAGCCGGAAACCGCGGGAGGAAAGAGCGCUGUUGUGGCUGGAUCCUGCAUGAGAACAUGAUGCUAGGCUAGAUGGCCAUUGGCCUGAUCCUGCAGGCUCUUCUUACAUUUUUAAAGGUAAAGGGACCCCUGACCAUUAGGUCCAGUCGUGACCGACUCUGGGGUUGCGGCGCUCAUCUCGCUUUACUGGCCGAGGGAGCCGGCGUACAGCUUCAGGGUCAUGUGGCCAGCAUGACUAAGCCGCUUCUGGCGAACCAGAGUAGCACACGGAAACGCCGUUUACCUUCCUGCCAGAGCAGUACCUAUUUAUCUACUUGCACUUCGUGCUUUCGAACUGCUAGGUUGGCAGGAGCAGGGACCAAGCAACGGGAGCUCACCCCGUCGUGGUUGAUUCGAACCGCCGACCUUCUGAUCGCCAAGUCCUAGGCUCUGUGGUUUAACCCACAGCACCACCCGCGUCCCACGCUUACAUUUUUAGAUGGGUUAUAAUCCAUUCCCCUCUCAGGGUCAAAACCUCUACAGACUCCUAAGUAAUUAACGCCACAAUCCUAUGCCAGUCCCCUCAGAAGUAAAUUCCACUGAGUCCAAUGGAGCUUACUCCCAGGUAAGCAUCCUAGGACUGCAGCCUCAACGGUGAGCUGGAGUGUGUGCCUAGUCACUAAUGUAUUGAACUGUUUUUCCUUUCUUUCUCCCAGGAAGGAAUCGGCCUGGAUGCCGUGAACGACGCUUUCUUGCUGGAGUCCACCAUCUACCGCCUGCUGAAGCGAUACUGCCGGGGUCAGCCGUACUACCUGAACUUGCUGGAACUGUUUCUGCAGGUGGGUUUAGGCCCUGCCGUGACAGGCUAUUGUCGUUUAAACACUGUCGUUUUUCAACACUGUCUAUAUGCUGGGGACGGGGCUGAAGCCUUUGCCCCUGAUGGAAGGUCCUUCUGUUGCCACGGAAACUGAUUCCGCUUCAUGGAGGGGAGGAGGGAAUUUGCGGGCUUGAGUGUGGCGGAGGCCAUUUUGACCUGCAGAGAAUAUACUCCCUGACCAAAAGGAAGACUGCACACACCCCCAUUGCUUUUUCACGGCACUCCCUGUUCCCACACCCACAGAAAGGUCUGAGGGAGCGCUUGUUGCAGAUUUAAUCAGCAGGAAAAUAUUUUCUCGCUCUUUUAUUUUAAACCCAUCUUUGGGGAUAGCAUAAGCUUUUUUAAAAAAAAAAUUCUACCCCACCACCCUUCCAUUUUAUCCCCACAACAUAACCUUGUUAUGUUGCUUAGGCUUGACAGGCCGAAGGUCACCCUAUGAACUGCAUGGCUGGUUGGGGAAUUGAGCCCUGGUCCUAACCUCCCCCUUUGACCAUUAUAGCAGCCAUAAUAAUAAUAAUAAUAAUAAUUAUUAUUAUUAUUAUUAUUAUUUGUUAUUUGUACUCCGCCCAUCUGGCUGGGUUUCCCCAGCCACUCUGGGCGGCUUCCACAGAGACCAAAAAUACACUAAAAUGUCACACAUUAAAAACUUCCCUGAAUGGGGCUGCCUUAAUAUGUCUUCUGAAUGUCAGGUAGUUGUUUAUCUCUUUGACAUCUGCAGGGAGGGUUUUCCAUAGGGUGGGCACCACUACCGAGAAGGCCCUCUGUCUGGUUCCCUGUAACCUCACUUCUCGCAGUGAGGGAACCGCCAGAAGGUCCUCGGUGCUGGAUCUCAGUGUCCGGGCUGAACGAUGGGGGUGGAGAUGCUCCUUCAGGUAUAUGGCUAAUGGAGAAAGCACCCUUGUGAGAGAAGUACACUGGAGGGCCUGGCCCUGGGGCCCAGAACUCCUCAAAGAAGCCCUGAGCCCCCUCUUCUGCUAUUUACUUUUGCAAACCUUGCGCUGCUUUCAAAAAAGCAGUCCUUUCCCCCCCAGACAUGGCGGCACAUUCUCUCUCACUCUGCUUUCAAAGGUUAAUCUUGAGGACUAUAAUCUUUCCCCUUCACCAAGUUGAUUGGGAAAUCUCGAUCACAUCCUCUACUACUGCCAUUAGUUGAGAAGCCGUGUCCUUUGGGUAGGAAAAUAACAUCAGUGCCUUCUCUUUAUUCCUUUAAUUAACAUAUAUCUAAGUUGCGCUUUGGUGAGGGAGGUCUGUGAAGAUGUAGCAGACGACCCUGAUCGGGCCUGUUUUUAAAAAUGAGACACUUUGCAACAUUUCUUCAUAGGAAUAGCAGGGAGCUGGUGGUUUAUCAAUCUUAAUAUUCUGCUCUUAUCCUGUUCCUGCUCUCCCCACCCCCCAGACAUCAUACCAGACUGAACUGGGGCAAGCCCUGGAUCUUAUCACUGCUCCCCCAUCUAAGGUGGAUCUGAACCGCUUCACAGAACAGAGGUGAGAAGCUAUUGAGAAGACAAGGAAAUAGUAUUGGACUCGGCCCAGAAAAAAAGUGGCGCAAUGAUGGUUAUUGAUAAUUAAAUCUACAAAAAGAACAUCCAUUGUUGGUCCUAUUCAGAGUUGGCUCAUUGCUAUUAAUGGACAUGACCUAGCUUGGAUAUAUUAAUUUCUGUGGCUCUGUUCUGAGUGUAUAACUUACUUGAACACAACCUGACCCUUUUUUAUAAUAAAGGGAAGCUGUGAGGUUUUGUUGUUGCUGAGGGUUGGCAAAGGGGGUGCUGGGUAGACAGAAUUGGUGUGCAUACCUGUCAACUUUUCCCUUUUCUUGUGAGGAAUCCUAUUCGGAAUAAGGGAAUUUCCCUUAAAAAAAAGGGGAACGUUGACAGCUAUGCUGGUGAGCGAUGCAAGCAGGAGUUGCAGCCCCUAGUGUGUUGCAUAUUUAUGAUUCAAAGCUGGAAACCUUUCAAGUCAUGACCGGCUCUAACCUUGAACUGCGGGUGCCCUUCUCUGGCAGGUACAAAACGAUUGUCAAAUACAAGACGGCCUUCUACUCAUUCUACCUCCCAGUGGCGGCUGCAAUGUACAUGGUGAGUGAAUGGACUUUUGCAAUAUCAAUGUUGCUUGGCAGGGAGGGAGGGAGGGUGUGGCAAAAACAAGUUUUCCUGGGGCUGGAGAGCUGAAGGGCAAGCAUGUUCAGGCUUCUGCCCUUAGCUAGGAGUCCUAGGGUCUCUGGCUCCCAGGAAUAGCAAGGUCAGGGGGCCACCAACCUAGCCCCAUCCAUCAGUCAGAGAAAGACUUUCCUCCUCCCUGCUAGCAAGAACGCUCAGCUCAUAGCUAUCAACUUACAGAUUUGAAAAUAAGGGACCAGCAGCCUCGAAAAUAAGGGCUCAGCAGCUAAAAUAAGGGAUUUUCAGAGCACAGGUAUGUUCGACUUCUGAGCCCCUCCGAGCCAAAGGCAGAAAGCCCUGUCAGCAGCCAAACGAAGCCUCAAGCGGUGGUUCCCACAGCGCAGCAACCCGGCAAAGGGGAUGCAGCAAGGAAAACCACCGUCGCCUCUCUGCUGGGAAGCGCUGAGCAAAGGCGAGUCCCUAGGCAACGCGGCCGAUUUGAUUGGCACAAGGCAUGCAAGCUCCACCCCCCCAGUCAUUCUUAGACUCCUUAUUGGGUGAGCAACGCAGCCAAGCAACACAGAUGGAGCCUCCCUCCUCCCUGGCCGGCAGGGAGGGAGGGAGAGGAGCUGCUUCCUUUGAAACCCGGGAAAUUUAAGGGACAUCAAUAAGGGACAGCAGCGGGACACGGCGCUGGGAUAAGGGACUUUCCCGCCAAAUAAGGGACGGUUGACAGCUAUGGCUCAGCUCCAACUGCUAGUUUCCCCGGAAGCAACAGAAGCGGACACUCGGAUCCCAGCCCAUGAGCCAGAGGGCAAAGGGCCCUUUGAGGUUGCAUUCCCUCCCUCCCAGGAAGAGCAGCAAGGGGGAAGAACAGCCUGGCCCUAGAGCUAUCAACCACUACUCAAACAAAAACACCUGCAAGGAAAGGUCAGCCUGCCCUGAACUGGAUAUAACUGCCCUCAUAUAGCUAUAAUGAUAAUAAUAAUAAUAAUAAUUUAUUAUUUAUACACCACCCACCUGACUGGGUCUCGCCAGCCACUCUGGGCGGCUUCCAACCAAAUAUCAAAAACAAUACAGUGUCAGGACAUUAAAAACUUUCAUAAACAGAGCCGCCUUCAGGUGUCUUUUAAAAGUAAAAUAGCUGUUUAUUGCCUUGACAUCUGGUGGGAGGGCGUUCCACAGGGCAGGCGCCACUACCGAGAAGGCCCUCUGUCUGGUUCCAUGAAACCUCACUUAUCGCAGCGAGGGAACCACCAGAAGGCCCUCGGUGCUGGAUCUCAGUAUCCGGGCUGGAUGAUGGGAGUGGAGACGCUCCUUUGUUCUGUUCUUGGAAUAACUCCUUCCUCUACCUUUCCCCUCGACUUCCCUUUUUCCCUUGUGCGCUGUGUGCUUUAGUUUGUAACACUGAGAGCUGGGCCCCACUCCCGCAGUCUCUCUCCCUCAUUUUCAUUUUUAACUGGUGUGAGCCGCUCAGGCAAUUGUCUGCAAAAAUGCAGUGAGAAUAAAUAAAAAAAAGAAGGGUUUGCGGGGACCCAAGUUGUCGUUUGGUUCCCACUCCUAAAGGGGAGAAUGUAUGCAUUUGGAAUCUUUUAUUUGAAUCUUUGAGCAGGUCAUUCUCUUGGGUAACUCUGUUUAACAAUAGUGUGUAUUCAUUGAGCCACACAGCUGCACACAAAACAACAUUAUAUAUAUAUAUUUUUUAAAACAAAUAUGGUAAUCAAAUAACAAAGCAAAUUUUUUAAAAAAUCUAAGAAGCCUCCGGCCAUCAAAUAGGUUAUUUAUUCAUAGUUUGUUGGAUCCCAAAUGCUUGCGGAAGCAAAGCUGUCUUUGCCAAAGUACUAAAAAGGAUGGAGAAAGGGCAGCCUUAAUAGAAGAACAAAUCUUGUAAGCUCACUGCAGACAAUGGGAAGGCCCCUGUCCUGCACUGACCCCUCCAAUAGAAGAAAUGAGGUGUAAGGCCUUCAAAAGUAGCCUUGAUGUGCCUGGAUGUUUUUUACAGAAGGAAAUACUAAUGACUCUUGCCUCCCUGCCCCCAGAGAAUUGUGGUAAAUGUAGUUUUUGUGAGAGCUCAGGUAAUGGCUUCCCAGGAGAAAUGGCUCCCAACGUAACUUUUUAAUGUUUUGUCUGUCUUCUCUUCUCCAGGCUGGCAUAGACAGUGAAGAGGAACAUGCUCAUGCGAGGACCAUCCUAUUACAGAUGGGGGAGUUCUUCCAGAUCCAGGUGUGUUUUUCUUCUCUUACUUAUGGAGAUCUCUGUCCACAUCUACAACGUCCUGUAUACCUGAAGGAGCGUCUCCACCCCCAUCAUUCAGCCCAGACACUGAGGUCCAGCGCCAAGGGCCUUCUGGUGGUUCCCUCACCACGAGAAGUGAAGUUACAGGGAACCAGGCAGAGGGCCUUCUCGGUAGUGGCACCUGCCCUGUGGAACGCCCUCCCAUCAGAUGUCAAGGAAAUAAACAACUAUCUUACUUUUAAAGACAGUUUAAAGGCAGACCCGUUUAGGGAAGUUUUUAAUGUUUAAUGCUGUAUUGUGUUUUUAAUACAGUGGUAUCUCUGGAUGUGAAUGGGAUCCAUUCCGGAGCCCCGUUCACAUCCUGAAGCGAACGUAAGAUGUGACUGCGCAUCUGCAGGUCGCGUUUCACUGCUUCCGCGCAUGCGUGUUCGUCAUUUUGAGCGUCUGCACAUGCGCGAGCGGCAAAACCCGGAAGUAACGCACUCCGUUACUUCCGGGUCGCCGUGGAGCGCAACCCGAAAAUAUUUAAGCUGAAGCGUAUUCAUCCCGAGGUAUGACUGUAUUCGGUUGGGAGCCGCCCAGAGCAGCCAGAUGGGUGGGGUAUAAAUAAUGAUUUUUUAUUAUUAUUAUUAUUAUUAUUAAUUUAUUUAAAGCAGUGUUGUACCACGAACAGUCAUGGCUUUCCCCAAAGAACUCUGGAAACUGUAGUUUAAGAGUACUGCAAGUUGUUAAGAGACCCCUCAAUUCCCUGUACAGAGCUACAAUUCUCAGAGUGGUUUAGCGGUCAAUGCUUCUUCCACAGAACUCUGGGAACUGUAGUUCUCUGAUCAGCUCCCAGUACAGUGGUACCUCGGGUUAAGUACUUAAUUUGUUCCGGAGGUCUGUUCUUAACCUGAAACUGUUCUUAACCUGAAGCACCACUUUAGCUAAUGGGGCCUCCCGCUGCCACAGUGCCACCGCCGCGCGAUUUCUGUUCUCAUCCUGAAGCAAAGUACUUAACCCGAGGUACUAUUUCUGGGUUAGCGGAGUCUGUAACCUGAAGCGUAUGUAACCUGAAGCGUAUGUAACCCGAGGUACCACUGUAGUCAUGUGGAUAUGGCCUUAAUUUGCCAAAUACUCAGCACAUGUAUUAUUUUGCUUCAACAAGGAGAUCAGGGUUCAGAGGCAAAGCUGCAGUGGACCCUUUCCCUGUGCAUACUUUUGUUCUUCUUCUCUUUCUCUCCCUCUCCAUUCUUUCGAUGGGUAGCUCCAUGAGGACCAGCACCUUUCCUGUUAUUUUAAAUCAGGCAGGGAGCCUGGUUGUUGCUGGUUAUCUGUUAUGAUUCAAGGCUGCAUUUCUAACUAAACCCCAGGACAUACUUUUGUGUAGACAAAGUUAGCAGUAGACAAGGUUACAUCUCGCAGCUGGACUUGACUUCUGAGUUGACGUUUGUCAAGUAACUACCCUGAAGGAACAUGGAACAGGUUUGAACCAGGAAACCCAAAAUUGCAUUACUUGUUAGAUCAGGCUAGCUGAUAUUUUGCCUAAAACCCUUUUUCCCCCCUUCCUUCCUCUUAUUAAAAGUUGCAUAAGUGGGGAAAGAAUAGGAAGAAGGAAAUUACUAUGGUUUUUUCCCCAGAAGAAUGCAGUUUUAAAACUUCAGUCCUUAGGGUAACUGAAAUGGUGUACGCUGCUUUUGCAAGCCAGGGUCAGGGAGAGUUACUUACCGUAUUUUUCCGUGUAUAAGACCUAAUUUAACAAAAAAAAUUAGGUUUAAAAUUGGGGCUCGUCUUAUACACGGGUAGUGCUGAGGGGUGUUUUCUUAAUUUGGAGUCCCCAAAAAUAGAGGGUGUCUUAUACAUGGGGCGUCUUAUACACAGAAAAAUGCGGUGAUAGCUUAUCAAAGUAACUCAAAGUCAUAUCUUAUCCUUGUAUUUGGUUCCAACUGAUUGGACCCCAUUCAUUCAUUUGCAGUAAAAUAUGCUGCUUUUCGGGCAGACAUCAUAAAGCAGUUUACAUAGGAUUAUUACAACAGUAAGCAUCACUUAAGCAAGUUGUCUUGUGAAUUUUUUUAUUUAUUUAGAAAAAGCUGUUAAUGUUGGGAUACUGCCAGGGAGACAAAGUCCAUCAUGGCCCCAAGCCAUCUGCCGGACGAUCCAUCGAUCUCCCGUAGGCACGCAGUAUCAGCAAUUAGCGACAUGAGUUUCUAGAAAAUAUCUUGCCACAUUCCAGAGCUCAUGCACACUCUUUAUCAGCAGAUAAUGCACAGCAAAAGUCGCACCCAGGAGAGCAUUAUUUACAAGUUUUAUUCUGCGUUGAUAAGAACAAUGAAAGACAUGACUGCCUGCGUCAGUGUCUCCAGACACACACAGAGAGAAAACGAAAGCAACAGAAAACAUAAACAUCCUGUGAACAGGAAAUACACAGACUCUGUGACUCACAGCCUGCUCCCUUUUAAGGUGGAACGGAAAUAUCCUAACAGUUAAUGGUUCUUCUUCCCUCGGUGCAGGAUGGUCCUUUGGUUACAGAUUAGAAACCAAUCAUUAAUGUGUUUGGGAUGAUCUAGACAUCCAACAUAGUUUCAAGCAGGCUUGGACCUGUGAGGGUACUUAGGAACUGCACGUAAGCCUGCGCUGUAUGUGUUUUUUUAGAGAAAGAGUCAAGCUUAUAGACAUGUCCAGACAUUAGGAGACCCCCUGUUCCCCUUACAAAGCUGUAAUUCCCGGGGUUCCCUGGGGAGAGGGAUCAGUGGUUAAGCCACUCUGAGAAACUGCAGCUCUGCGAAGGGAACAGAGGCCUCCUCCUAACAACUCACAGCAACUUGAACAAAAGACAGUUUCCCAGGAUCCUUUGGGGGAAGCCAUGAGUGUUUAAGGGACGCGGGUGGUGCUGUGGGUUAAUCCACAGAGCCUAGGACUUGCUGAUCAGAAGGUCGGCAAUUUGAAUCCCCGCGACGGGGUGAGCUCCCGUUACUCGGUCCCUGCUCCUGCCCAUCUAGCAGUUUGAAAGCAUGUCAAAGUGCAAGUAAAUGAAUAGGUACCGCUCCGGCGGGAAGGUAAACGGCGUUUCCGUGUGCUGCUCUGGUUCGCCAGAAGCGGCUUAGUCAUGCUGGCUACAUGACCUGGAAGCUGUACGCUGGCUCCCUCGGCCAGUAAAGCGAGAUGAGCGCCGCAACCCCAGUUGGUCACGACUGGACCGAAUGGUCAGGGGUCCCUUUAUCUUACUAUGAUUGUUUAAAGUGGUAUGAUACUGCUUUAAACGUAUCAAGUGGAUGGGGCUUUCGUUUCAUGACCUUGUUUCCAUUUAAGUUACGGUCUCUGCUCAAAUGUGGGGAACAUCAGGCUUGAGGGGACAUAUUUUAAUCCUCCAGGCUUCCCUCUUUGGCCCUCAGGUCUCUUCCUCAGGCCGCACACCAGCUCAGCCUUCCACCUUCCUCAAAUAUUUUUGCCUGGCAGAACCUCAUUCCUCUUGCUUGCCUGGUGUGUGUGUAGAAAGUAGCCUACCGCACAAAGCCAAAGCUUACAUGCCCACUUUUGCCCCUGGCCCCAGCUACCACUGACAUGUGGCCCUCAGUCUGCGCAAGGUUUCCCAUCCUUGCUCCACGCGAUCAAUCUAGGAGCCUCUGCCUCUCCUCAGUCUCUCUGCUGCCAAUUUUCUUUUCAAGGGUGGCUGGCUUUGGUCGUCAUGGCAACCAGGAACCCAUGUUAUGGCAGCUUCCUGCUGGAACCUUGUUGAAUGCCCAUAAUUGAGAGUGUCUGAUAUCUUUGCAUUUUUUUUUUUGUCCUUCCACUGAGUAACCUGUUGCUGGAGAUCAAUGGCAGGGGAAGAGUAUAAACAUUCUAUAUCCAAGGCAGUAUAUGUUUGUGUGUGUGUGUGUGUGUGUGUGUGUGUGUGUGUGUAAAUAUAUGUAUAUAUUUAUAACUUUUUUUGUUGAUAUGGGAAGUAACAGAGUAGAUUACAGCAAGGAAGCUAAAUCACUCUUGUAGGUAACUGAUAACUUCUUUGUAAAGACUAUACAGUGUCCAGAACCUUACUUUCAUAAACAUAUAACUGUGAAGAAUAUAUUUACAAUUUCAUGCACAGGUUUCCUCCUAUUAAUGUUUAGGGAUCUUCCUCUGUCUGUUUCACUUCAGACAGAUCACACUGACACAACACUGUCCCCAGCAGAGCAGCCGUUCUCCUCACAGACAGAGAAGCACGAAGCAGUUAAAAACAACAGUUGCUGGAAUAACAGUCACAACGGAACGGAAUGCCUCUCUUAUGUGAAUCAGCCAAUCAUACGAGGGCUACUGCCAAAGCGGGGGGGAAACCCCAUGUUAAAAAUACACAGUAACCCAACCUAAGUAAACAUUCCCAUUUCAGGAAAUUAAACCAUUAUCCUUAACAGAGUGCCCCUGAAUACGAGAAGGAGAAGAGCCGUAGCUCAGUGGUAGAGCAGUUGCUUUGCAUGUAGAAGGUCCCAGGUUCAAUCCCAGGCACCUUCAGAUAGCUGCUACCAGCCAGUAUAGGCAAAAUGGAGCCAGAUGGGCCAAUGGCAGUUUCCUGUGUUCCCAAACCACAGACAGUGAGGAGCUGGCUCUGCCACAUGCUGCCCCUCUCACCAGCUAGGCUGUAUCCCGCCUCCCUGCUCACAGGGGCCCUCAGUUCUAAGGGCCCCGUGCAAGAGAGCAGCAGGGGCGAUGGAGCGAGCUCUGUUAUGCGCAACAGAAUGCCGUGGGAAAUCAUUACAAAAGAAGGUAUUGGAGCACUUCAAAUCAUUUGCCCAUGUGCAUGCAGAAAGAUUAGCAGAUCUCAGCUGAAAGACAGCAUCUGGAGAUCUGCACUGAGCGUUGCAAAGCCUCCUUAAUUAUUUUUAUAUGUUUUUAGGAGUACAAUGGUACCCUCGGGUAACAGACGCUUCAGGUUACAGACUCCGCUAACCCAGAAAUAGUACCUCGGGUUAAGAACUUUGCUUCAGGAUGAGAACAGAAAUCGUGUGGCGGCAGCGGGAGGCCCCAUUAGCUAAAGUGGAACCUCAGGUUAAGAACAGUUUCAGGUUAAGAACAGACCUCCAGAACGAAUUAAGUUCUUAACCUGAGGUACCACUGUAUUACAUAAUCUUAUAAAGGGUGGCGUGGUGGUGAGGGGGCAUGGCAGUGAGGGCCAUGAAGGGACCCUGCACUUCAGAAUCUGCCAUAAUAAUAAUAAUAAUAAUUAAUAAUAAUUUAUUAUUUGUACCCUGCCCAUCUGGCUGGGUUUCCCCAGCCGCUCUGGGCGGCUUCCACAGAGACCAAAAAUACACUAAAAUGUCACUAAAAACUUCCCUGAACAGGGCUGCUUUAAGAUGUCUUCUGAAUGUCAGGUAGUUGUUUAUCGCUUUGACAUCUGAUGGGAGGGCGUUCCACAGGGUGGGCGCCACUACCGAGAAGGCCCUCUGCCUGGUUCCCUGUAAUCUCACUUCUCGCAAUGAGGGAACCGCCAGAAGGCCCUUGGUGCUGGACCUCAGUGUCCGGGCAGAACGAUGGGGGAGGAGACGCUCCUUCAGGUAUACUGGACCGAGGCCGUUUAGGGCUUUAAAGGUCAGCACCAACACUUUGAAUUGUGCUCGGAAACAUACUGGGAGCCAAUGUAGGUCUUUCAAGACCGGUGUUAUGUGCCACUAUGCUAUUGGCGCCUUGGUCUUCUCUAGCAAUUUCUCUGGGCCCAGCGGUGCAGGUAAUGUCAAGCCACAGCAUUAACACUCUCUCUGCCUGCAGGAUGAUUUCCUUGACUGCUUUGGUGACCCUGAAAUGACCGGGAAGAUUGGAACGGACAUCCAGGAUAACAAAUGCAGCUGGUUGGUGGUGCAGUGCUUGAAACGAGCCUCUGCAGAACAGAGACAACUUCUAGAGGUAAAGAGGCUUCACAAUUCCAUGCCCUGCUAGCGUGGGAGGGAGGGGAGCCAUAAUCCCUCUUUGUCCCUGUGAUGGGAUGAUGAGCUGCUUGUGCGUAAAAUCGUAUCCCCUCAGAGUUUGUUCAAGUCCACAAACCUCUGUCUGUGACAGAGCCCCUCAGACAUGGCUACUCUAGUCACUAGCAGAUUCCGACAGUGGUUGCUUUCGUAGUCGCUUCCAACAUAAAAGCUCCUUAACGGAAGCACGUCUUCUGGAAUCUCUGCGUGACAGUUUCCGGCGAGGAGUGGGUGUUCUUACAGGAGGUCCUGAAACCUCUCCACUGUUUUCGCUGGAAGUGUCUCUGAGCCAUCCCUCCAGCUCAGCUCCUCUCCCCCUGCUGGUUCCCUCAUCAGCUGCUGCGUCUCUCCCAACCUGUGUGAGCCCUUUCACCUCCCUGUUGGUUUCCUCUUCAGCUGCUGCGUCUCUCCCAACCUGUGUGAGCCCUUUCACCUCCCUUCCGUCCGAUGGCAGUUCCCUGACAUCCACCUCCCCUCCAGGGCCCCCUUCACCCCCUCUCGCCCCCUCCUCUACGGGCGGUGAGGAGGCAAAACCCCGGAAUGACCGUCCUUCAUCUUCCGAUGUCUCGAACACUUCUCUCAACCUGUUGCGGGUCCUGGUCUCGAAGUACACCUCCUCCUCAGAGUCCAUCUCCCCGGCCCCUUCCGAGUCCGGGAAUCCUUCCAACUCCUCCCCUUCAUCAGUGGUCCCAAAGUAUUCCCUCCGGAACCUCUCUACAGGCUGAGGUUUCCUUGGGAACCUUUGAUGGAACGUUUCUAUCAAUACCUCGUCAUUGAUAUCUUCAGCCAUUACCCAAGUGUUUUCUGACUCCGGUUCUCCUUCCCACGCUACCAAAUACUCCACCUGAUCCCCCUUCCACCUGGCGUCGAGGAUUUCUGCCACAUGGCUGCUGCAUUCUCUUUCUUCUACGACCGGUCCCAGUGGCCAGCCCUUCUCGUCCCCCUUCGUACGGUGACAGUAACGACCUGUGAAAUACUGGGUGCAGUUUCAUGUGGUUGGGUAACCGGAGCCUGAAAGCCACUGGGUUGACCUGUUGAAUGACCUCAAAGGGACCCAACCUCCUGGGUCUUAAUUUCUUACAACCUCCUUUGAGCAGCAGCCCUUGGGUUGGCAGCCACACCCUAUCUCCCACCCUUAUGGUUUCACCUUCCCUUCGGUUCUUGUCUGCCUGCCUCUUGUAUUCUUCCUUCGCCCUUUCUAAGUUGAGUUGGAGCUGACGAUGGAUUGCUUCCAUUUCUUCCACAAAAUGCUCGGCUGCCGGGACGCUCCAUCUCUCCCCCUCUCCCCUGGGAAAGCCCUGGGAUGACACCCAUAAUUAGCCAAGAAGGGGCCAUCCCUGUGGACACAUUCUCGGCAUUGUUGUAGGCAAAUUCCGCCAGCGCCAACUUUUCUACCCAGUCAUUCUCUCUGUCAUUGACAUAACACCUCAGGUAUUGCUGGAGGACACCGUUUGCUCUUUCCGCCUGCCCGUUGGUUUCAGGGUGCCGGGCAGUCGAAAAAUUGACCUCCACCUGCAGUAAGCUCAUGAGCUUCCUCCAGAACCUGGAAGUAAAUUGUUUUCCUCGGUCUGAGACCACCCUCAAUGGCACCCCGUGCAACCUAAAAAUGUUUUCUACAAAUAACUUCGCUGUCUCUUCCGCCGUGACUGCAUGCGAGCAAGCUACAAAGUGGCACAUCUUUGUUAGUAGGUCUACCACCACCAUGAUGGCUGUUUUCCCUUUGGACUUCGGCAGAUCAGUCAUAAAAUCUAUCGACACUGCCUCCCAAGGUCGUUCUGGGGUUGGUAAGGGUUCUAAUAGCCCCGCCGGCGCCCGCCUUUCCCCUUUGGCUCGCUGGCAUUGCUCGCACCCUCUUACAUACUCACGUACAUCUUCCCUCACCUUAGGCCACCAAAAUUCCCUGGUGACCAACCACAUGGGUUUGUGUGGUCCAAAAUGCCACGCCGACGGGCUGUCGUGCAACUGAUUGAGUACCCUCCCCCUAAACACACCUCCAGGGAUAUACAGUGCCCCUUUGUAAUACAAAGCUCCAUUUCUUUCAUCCAAACCCCUGGUUCCUCUCCAUCACCCCUAAGACCUCUGAGCUUAUUCGUCCCACUAGGACCAGAAGCUGGUUGGUACCUGUGGAUUUCUCCAUCUCUCUUUGAAAUCCAAGCAGCGAUUCGAAAAAGAGCUUAGCUGCUUUUCAUCAGGUGCCAAAAUGGGUUUUUAAAAAAUCCAGUUUACACCCUGAUGCAAGUUACGGCAAAACACCAGCAAGUGUGCAGAAGUCAAUUGAAAUUGGUAAAGACAAAUAACCACUUUUUAGACAAUUUCUUUUUUCAUUCUUCUAAGCUACCUUUUGGGGGAAACACCCAAAGGCACAAGAACACUAAAAGAGAGUUGAAAGAAGUAUUUUAACAUGAUAAAACAAUGAGAAGAGUUAAUUUUGUGUUUGCUGGUGAAAGAUGAAUCAUAAUAAAUUAGUUUAGAUCUAUUUAUUUGUAUCUAGUCAUCCAGCCAUUGCAAAAGCCUGACAGUAUCAAAGUAACUUGAACUGAAGUUUGUGUUAACUCGGACUCAAAUAAACUGCAACAUAAAGCAGAUUUAAAAUGCCAGAUUUCCCUGGCAGGUGACAAUAUGCCAGGGGAAAAAAGACCUGUUCCUCUUUUAACAAAUAUUAAAAUGAAAUAAGUGAAUAACAAAGGAACCUGAUACAGUGUCUCAAAAUGUCCCUGGUGAAUCAGAUUCCUCGCCAAGUUAUGACACCUGAACAUCCACGCCAUUAACUGAAGAACAAACAAACGGAUGGAAAAAUCUGUUCGUUAAGGUGCUAUAAAACUCGGUACCUGAUUAGCGAGGCUGCACCUCCUGACAUUUCUAAAGUGUGUUUCACUCGAGCAUUUUAAAGGGGAAGGUGGAAUAAUUACUAAUAAUCAUAUGGUAUUGAGCUAGCGAACCCAGAAACUGCUCUGUCAAAGCUUUGCUGGUCCAGGAACGGCGAUAGCUAUUGUACCGGCUGCAGCUGGUAGAAGGCAUUUCUAGCCAACUAGCCUACCUGGUCCUCCAGUGACAAAGCUGGAUUGCAGAAGCAGCCGCAGAUGGUGAACCUGCUCCUUCAAAGGGAACAGAACCCCAUCCAUGUAGAAAACUAGCCAAUUUUGCCCACUCGCCCACAGUGCUUCCACCCUGCCAGGAUUCAGGCUCAGCUUGUUUUCUCCAUCCAUCUCACCAACUGCGCCCAAGGCACUGCUCUAUUAUUUAUACCCCGCCCAUCUGGCUGAGCGUCCCCAGCCACUCUGGACAGCUUUCAACAAAAUAUUAAAAUACAGUAAUGCAUCAAACAUUAAAAGCUUCCCUAAACAGGACUGCCUUCAGAUGUCUUCUAAAAGUCUGGUAGUUGUUGUUCUCUUUGACAUCUGGUGGGAGGGUGUUCCACAAGGCGGGUGCCACUACCGAGAAGGCCCUCUGCCUGGUUCCCUGUAACUUGAUUCAGAUGCGAUGGAGAAAUAGAGCUGAGUGUCAUCGGCAUACUGAAGGCACCUUGCCCCAGAAGUCCUAAUGGCCACUCCCAACAGUUUCAUACAGAUAUUAGAUAGCGCCGGGGAUAACGUAAACUCCAGGGGGCCAAAAAGCACUCUCCCGAUGCUACUUUCUGAAUUUGGUCCAGGAGGUAGGACUGGAACCCAGUUCCCAUUCCCCAGAGCUGGUCCAGGAAGAUGCCAUGGUCGAUGGUAUCAAAAGCCAAAGAGGAGGUCAAGAAGCAGGAGCAAGGCCACACUCCCCCUUGUCCCACUUUCUGCAAAGGUCAUCCAUCUGGACCGCCAAGGAUGACUCAGUCCCAUGGCCAGGCUUUAACCUGGAUUAGAAGGGAUGUAAAUGAUUGGUGUCACCCAGGAAUGCUGGUAGCUGCCCCACCAGAAUCCUCUCCACCCAAAACAUCAUUCCACCCAAAACAUUUGCCCCCAAAAGUUAGUCAUUAUUGCUAAAUGUGCAUCUAUGCAUCUAAAAGGUAAAGGGACCCCUGACCAUUAGGUCCAGUUGUGGCUGACUCUGGGGUUGCGGCGCUCAUCUCGCUUUAUUGGCCAAGGGAGCCGGCGUACAGCUUCCAGGUCACGUGGCCAGCAUGACUAAGCCGCUUCUGGCGAACCAGAGCAGCGCACAGAAACGCCGGUUAACUUCCUGCCAAAGCGGGAAGUAUUUAUCUACUUGCACUUUUUGGGGGCGUGCUUUCGAACUGCUAGGUUGGCAGGAGCUGGGACCGAGCAACGGGAGCUCACCCCGUCGCGGGGAUUCGAACCGCUGACCUUCUGAUCCGCAAGCCCUAGGCUCUGUGGUUUAACCCACAGCGCCACCUGUGUCCCUAUCAUCUAUGCAUCUACACGUAUGCAAUUAUGUGUCCUCCCUCCCACCUUUUUUGGUGAUGCAUUUUCUUCUACUUUUGUCACUGGAGUAGAAUGUGGGCCUCUUGUUUAAAGAUCCCUGGGAACCACAGUUUGUGAAGGGUGCUGGGAACUGUAGCUCUGUGAGAGGAGUGAACUACACUUCCCAGCAUCCUUUCAGGGGGAAGCAGUGGUGUGUUUUCGCAGCCUCAAUCUGACCUCGCAGCACUCCCUUUUUUUAAAUCAAUAAAUCUCUGCCCCUCUAGGAGAACUAUGGACAAAAGGAUCUGGACAAAGUUGCACAUGUGAAACAGCUCUAUGAGGAGCUGGGCCUGAAGAAAAUCUACCAGGACUAUGAGGAGAGCAGCUACCAGUGCUUAUCGGGCCUUAUUUCCCAGCAUGCUGUACGUCUGCCCAGCCAGAUCUUCUUUGGCCUGGCCCAGAAGAUCUACAAGAGGCAGAAAUGACAGACUCGGCUAUCAAGAAGGAAACUAGCGUAUAAAUACUUGUCACAUGUGUGUUUGUGUGGGAGGGUGGGUUUUCCCCAUCUUUCCUGGCAUUGAUUAGUGGAACUGCUUUAAAACCUAUUUUUGAAACCUAGUUCAGUCGUCUCUUAACUCCCUGACACUGGGAGUGGUGGUUUGAAGGGGCCGGAAGGCUGAGGCACACUCUAUCCAAAGUAUUCUCACUGCUCUUUAAACUUCUGACUAUUCCCAGGAUUCCCUGGGCUAAAACCAAGUAGUGUCCAGCUUAACCCAAGAAACAUGCCCAUGUAGUUCCCAUGUUUUUCCUUUUUUGGUUCUGCUGGCAUCAGCAGUGUCCUGCGGUGCUCUGGCCACUUCACCUAACCUUGUUGGUGAGUCUUUAUCCCCCCUCCCCCCCCCCGCAACUCUCAGAAACAGCUGAUGGCUGCCUAUUUAAAAUAAAAUUUAAAAAUCCUCCCAUGAAGCGCAUGGGGGUUUAAUUUGGGGUUGUUGGGUUUUUUUGCAUCUUAAGUGCAAACUGUUUUACCUCAGGGUGAGCUGUCCUGUGGUGAUGAGGAGAGCAUUUUUGGCUAAGGAUUUUUCUUCCUUCAGUCUUUUUCUCCCAUUCCCAGCCUCUUAAGCAAGGGGAUGAGGCUGCUACAAUUUUGUUUGUUUGUGGAAGAAGACAAGAUCCAUAGCUGAAUGUAAUCAUCUCUGCCAAUACGCACCAUGCAUUUAAAGCACCCCUCCGAAAAACAACCUGAGAAUUGUGGUUUAAGGGCCCUGAAAAUUGUUGCUCUGUGAAAGGGUAAACUACAGUUAUUGGGGGGGGGGGGAGCGGAGUGAUGUGCUUUUAAUCUCUCUCUCUCUCUCUCUCUCUCUCUCUCUCACACACACACACACACACACACACACACACACACUCACAGAGCGAGUGUAUCUAUAGUAAAUGUUGCUGACUGUAUGUCCUGACAUAGCUUCUCAGGAGGGAGAACGAUUCACCUGGAUCAAAACAAACCUGUUCCCAUUUUGGGGAGGGGGGGCAUGAAGAAGACCCCCUCCUGCCGCCACCCCCCACAGUGCUCUGAAGCAGCACCCAGGGGUGAAAAUGAUGUUGGGCGGGGGGUCGUAUCAAGCAUCAUAAUGGAAUGCACAGGCUGGAGAAAAAUGAGUUUGUAGCAAUAAAUUAUUUUGAAACCAGG